AUGGCUUCCAACGGUCAUGACCGCGGAUCCAGCGACGAGAGCGAUAUCGCUAGUCACUCGAUACCCUUACAAGACCUCUCCGGCCCCGAGGAACGAUCGGGACGCGGGAUAGGCAGAGUGGGAAGCCGGCUCUUCUCGGGACGCUCUUUGACAGAGAGAGGACGACCAUACGAAAGAUUAACGGAGGACUCGCCUGUUGAACGGGCAGGUGCAACAGCGCAACCGCCGCCUCCUGAUGGCGCAAAUCAAUUCUCUGUUGACGACCCUGGGGCAUUCGCUGCGGCGAUGUCGUCGGUGGGACUCGGAUUCCACAGUUCUCCGAGCACAUCACAUUUAGGAGGUCAUGGACGAAAUGAAUCGGAGUCCGACAUGGAUUUUGUUCGCAUUGACGACUUUGAUCCCAACGAGGCUGAGACAUACCUCUCCCCCUCCGAGACGUUCCCCGACACAACUCCUUUGACGAGUAUCCGACAUGUACAACCUAUUAGCGGCGCAUCCGCCGCUCCCAGCGCAAGCGGUUCGCGAGAUGACCGAUCAAAAUCACCAUCCGUCCGUUUCGACGAGAGUCAUCUGGGCCCACGGCUUGGUGAUGACUUGCACAAUAUGGAAAGUGGCUACAGCGGGCGACGACGCGGGGAGAGUGUGUCUAGGGACCGUUCCCUCUCCCCAUCAGUUUCCGGGUCCGCGCUCCAGCGCGCAAGUUCCAUGAUGAAGUCCGUCUCCCAGCGUGUUGUGAACCUGAGUAAUGAGCCGGAAAUUGUGGAACAGUCGAUUUUGAGAGAGGAAUCGCACAAGAGCGCGCGCAUGGAAGCCCCGCCGUCGCUUCCUUCGCUCCCGGACUAUGCUUCGGAUGCACCCCCAGCAGCUCCGUUGGACGAACGAACUCCCAGAGAGAAAUCAGCGGACAGGAAGGCAUGGCGAGGGCUAGGCAAUCCGUUGAAGGGAAAGGCUCUCGGGAUCCUCGGACCAGACAAUGCAAUCCGGACGCGGCUGUGCGAUAUACUCGUCCACCCGUUUACGGAGCCCUUUAUUCUCGUCGUCAUUGUCAUUCAGACCAUCCUAUUAACCAUUGAAUCCGCGCAGUCGGAAUGGGAACAGCCACGGUCUACACGCUGGGGCACCACCUGGAUGGACUUUUGUUACUUUGCCAUUUUCAUCAUCUACACUGCUGAACUUAUCGCCAAGAUUAUGGUCUCCGGGCUCUUCUUCAACCCAACUGAAUACAGUACAAUAGACAGGUCUAAAGGUCUAAAGAAGGCGCUCGCCGAGAAGGGAAAAAAUCUCAUCACGCCGCAGCGGCAAUUCUCUACAAAGGCCUCAUCAACCCAACCGGAAAUUCACCAAACAUCCAUUUUACGGACAUUCACGGGUGGAUUAAACCAAAUGGAGCAGCAGCUAGCGGACGAUCCUCUACAGAAACGCCGGAUACGACUUGCCCAUCGAGCCUUUCUGCGGCACUCGUUCAAUCGGUUGGACUUUGUUGCUGUGGUUUCGUAUUGGGUGUCGUUUAUGCUUGCCAUUGUUGGCCUCGAGGCUCCGCACCAGAUAUUUGUUUUCCGUAUGCUCAGCUGUCUUCGUAUCUUGCGUCUCCUGGCGCUCACCAGUGGCACAUCGGUUAUCCUUCGGAGUCUGAAAAAAGCUGCUCCCUUACUCGUCCAUGUUGCAUUCCUGAUCGGCUUCUUUUGGCUGUUAUUCGCUAUCGUCGGCAUUCAAAGCUUCAAGUCAAGUUUCCGCAGGACCUGUGUCUGGGAUGGGACGAGCUUCGGCGUAGAAAACUUUACCUCGAAUGACCCGUCUGGCACACUCCAAUUCUGCGGUGGCUAUCUUGAUCAGAAUUAUGAACAACAGCCAUGGAUAAAACGUGACGGUAACGUGAGCGACUCCAAGCCUAAGGGGUUCAUCUGCCCUGUUGGAUCCUAUUGCGUUGAAGGAGACAAUCCCUACAAUAAGACUAUGAGCUUCGACGACAUCCUGCACUCGCUCGAGCUUGUAUUUGUGAUCAUGAGUUCGAAUACCUUCACAGACCUCCUUUACAACACGACUGACAGCGAUUACCUCGUUGCUGCCCUAUUCUUUGCUUGCGGCUUUGUCAUUCUGAGCUUGUGGAUGGUAAACUUGCUAGUGGCAGUCAUCACCCACUCAUUCCAGGUCAUUCGUGAGGAAAGCAAACGAAGUGCCUUUGCUUCGCAAAACAUUGAGGGUGACGAGGAGGAAGAUGAAUCCUCGCGCAAACUCAGCAAUCUGAAGCGCUUCUACGACAAAACAUACUGGUUUUGGAUCGCCGUCAUUGUAUUCGACCUUGUGAUGCAAGCCUUGAGGAGCUCAAGUAUGGGCCCUGACAGGAGACAGCUAAUUGAUGUUUGCGAGACCAUCGUGACAUUUGUUCUACUCGCCGAGAUCAUACUGCGAUUUGUCACUGACUGGCGCAAAUUUCAUCAACCGCGUCGCAACUGGGUCGAUUUGGGGCUGGUGAUCAUUACCUGCAUCAUCCAGAUACCUGCGAUCAAGAACUCGGGACGGCCAUAUUCAGUUCUCACCCUUUUCCAGAUUCUCCGCGUUUAUCGUGUCGUUUUAGCGUUCUCCGUGACCAGAACUUUGAUCACUCUCGUUUUCCGCAACGCCGUCGGUCUAAUCAACUUGAUUAUCUUCGUGUUUCUAAUUACAUUUCUUGCAUCUAUUUUCGCGACUCAGCUUUUCCGCAGCCAGAUACCCCGGGAGGAUGACGAUGGCGGCCUCAUCGAUAUCACCUUUGCUGACAUUUACAACUCUUUUCUUGGCAUGUACCAGAUUCUUUCCAGCGAGAACUGGACCGGCGUUCUCUACAACGUAACAUCGUACACUUACGACUUCAACACUGCAUGGAUCUCUGCAACUUUCGUCGUUUUGUGGUUUGUCCUCGCUAAUUUCAUCAUCCUGAAUAUGUUCAUUGCUGUCAUCCAGGAAAGUUUCGACGUUUCGGAAGAUGAAAAGCGACUUCACCAGGUCCGAGCGUUCCUGGAGCAGAAGCAAGUCAAUGGCGCGUCACAGGGCAAUCUAUCUUUAUCCAAGAUAUUGAAGAUUGGGCGGCGCACAUCUCGUUUUAAAGACCCACUUGAUCACGGGCCGGCAGCACUAGAUAUGCUUCUGAAGGAUGCUGUUGUCCGCGAGUUUCUGGACGAAGAGAUGCCAUCAGAGAAUCAACGGCGCGAGGAUGGCCCGCUAGAACGGAGUGCGACGACUGGGGAAGGACUUGUGCAGCCUGGAGCGAUCUCACGCGCAUGGACUACCGUCACAACAUCAGUCAUGCGGCGAGAGCCGAAUCCCUUCUACUCGAAACUGAAGAUUUCUGGAGCAUACGAGGAGCUAGGGCCUCAAGGGAUGGCCAAAGAGGUCGUCACGGCCGCCGAGCAAAGAAAGCGUGCCCAACGAGAAUACCUAAUACGCCAUCCGAACUAUAACAAGUCCUUGUUCCUGUUCAAGCCAGAUGACCGCAUCCGAAGGCUCUGCCAGUGCAUUGUUGGUCCAGGGCGCGGGCAUCAACGUGUAGAGGGUGUGGACCCCUUCAAGCCCGUAUGGUACACCUUUUCCGCCUUUGUCUAUGCUGCUAUCGUGGCCAUGGUUAUUCUCGCCUGUAUAACCACGCCGAUUUACCAGAGCGAGAACUUUCAAACGAACAGGGACUGGUUCACGUACACCGAUUUGGGCUUUGCAAUUCUUUUCACUAUUGAAGCUAUUAUCAAAGUGAUUGCUGAUGGAUUUUUCUGGACGCCUAAUGCUUACUUUCGUGGCUCCUGGGGCUUCAUUGACGGCAUUGUGUUAGUCACUCUUUGGGUCAAUGUGCUAAGCAGUUUGACUUCGGACAGGGGCGUCUCGAGGGCUAUUGGUGCGUUCAAAGCUCUGAGGGCGCUGAGACUGCUCAAUUUCAGUGACAGUGCAAAGAAUACGUUCCAUUCCGUUAUCAUCGUUGGAGGAUGGAAAGUUAUUGCCGCUGCCUUGGUCUCGAUGAGUUUCCUGAUUCCAUUCGCCAUCUACGGUGUUAAUCUAUUCGCUGGACAAAUGGUCGAAUGCAAUGAUGACAAUUUCGAAGGAGCAUUGAGCGCGUGCGUUGGCGAGUUCAUGAGCUCACCGUAUGACUGGGAAGUUCUUGCGCCUCGAGUGGCUUCCAACCCUUUCUAUGACUUUGACAAUUUUGGCAACUCGCUCUUCAUCCUCUUCCAGAUUGUCUCACAAGAAGGGUGGACAGACGUCCAGGCAAAGGCAAUGGCUAUUACAGGGGUAGGGCAACAGCCAGAGUCCUUUGCAGCACCGGAGAACGGGUUGUUCUUCAUCGUGUUCAAUUUGCUCGGUGCUGUCUUCGUCCUAACCCUGUUCGUGUCUGUGUUCAUGCGUAACUACACUGAGCAGACUGGAGUUGCCUUCUUGACCGCUGAGCAGCGAUCCUGGCUCGAAUUGAGGAAGCUCCUCAGACAAGUCUCGCCCUCCAAGCGUCGGUCCACCGAGAAAACCACCAGUUGGAAGCAGUGGUGUUACCGAGUAGCCUACAAGAAACAUGGCCGCUGGGCGAGAACUGUUACAACAAUUCUUGUGCUUCAUCUCGUGUUGCUGAUUAUCGAAUUCUAUCCCGAAAAUGCGACAUGGGACUUGAUUCGAGACGCCAUCUUCUUCGCGUUCAAUUUCUUCUAUGCGGGCAAUGUCAUUCUGCGCCUAUUUGGACUGGGCUGGCAGCGCUUUAGAAGGAGCUCUUGGGAUCUCUACGCGUUGUUUGUUGUGCCAGGCACUAUCGUCACCUCGAUUCUCAACUUUACAUCAUCAGGGACUCAGGCGAUUGUUGUGCUGAGCAAGCUCUUCCUCGUCGCAAUAACCUUGCUUCUCAUUCCUAGGAACAACCAACUCGAUCAACUGUUCAAGACGGCCGCGGCUAGUCUGACUUCCAUUGGAAACCUGCUGGCAACCUGGUUUGUUCUAUUCCUCGUGUAUGCAAUCGCGAUGAACCAAGCUUUUGGCCUGACAAAGUUCGGUGCCAACGAGAAUGGGAACAUCAACUUCAGAGAUAUUCCCAGAGCUUUGAUUUUGCUCUUCCGACUCAGCUGCGGUGAGGGAUGGAAUGAGCUCAUGGAAGAUUUUGCGGGAAUGGAACCCCCGUUUUGUACUGAUGGCGAUAUCUCAAACUUUGCGAACGACUGCGGAAGUAAGGGCUGGGCUCGAGCGCUCUUCAUAUCAUGGAACAUUAUCAGCAUGUACAUCUUCGUCUCGCUGUUCGUCUCUUUGAUUUUCGAGAGUUUCUCCUACGUCUACCAAAGGAGCAGUGGACUUUAUGUCAUUAGCCGUGAGGAGAUUCGCCGCUUCAAGCAAGCCUGGGCCGAGUUCGACCCGGAGGGCACUGGCUAUAUCUCCAAAGAACACUUUCCACGGCUACUCAGGGAACUCACCGGCGUUUUUGAAGUGCGCAUCUACCAGGGCGAAUUCAUGGUCCCACGUAUCCUCGACGAAUGUAGGGUCGACAAGCGCGACUCACUUCUUGCUCACCGACGAGUGGUUGAGGGUGUCGAUCUUGACAAGCUCGCGAGGAUCAUCCGGAAGAUACCACUCAACACCGUAAGGGAACGCCGUAAGCGACUUAAUGAGUUCUAUGAAGAAAUCCUGGUGUCUGCAGACCCCGUGCUGGGUAUCUCAUUCCAUUCUUGUCUAAUGAUCCUCGCACACUACAACGUCAUCAGCGACAGCAAGAGCUUGAAGCUUGAAGAAUUUUUACGGCGUCGCGCAAAGCUGCAGCGUGUUGAGGAGGCCGUUCGCCGCAACACAGUCAUCGGCUUCUUCAAAACUCUCACCGCAGCCCGGGAGUUCCGCCGAAAGAUCGACCAGAAACGCUCCGCCCGUAUGACCUUCGUCCCACAAUUCAACGUUCCCGAAAUCUACGUCGACGAUGAACCCCAGCAAGGCCAGUCCGAAGACCACCCAAACACGGGACAAGACGGAACAAGCCCGGCCCAAGAAUGGUCCAUGCUCUCACCAAGCCGGUCAGAAGCUGGUCCCUCCCAGCUUCCCCGCCUCGACACAAGCGUUGCCGGUCGACCGAACCCAGAAGAGCGCUCCCCGUCCGAAUGGUCGAAUAUCAGCAUCUCCCUAUCGCCCAACAGGGAUCGGGCCAACACAACCGGCUCCUAUGACCCCGGGCCGGAACGACCCACCUUCGAACCGCCGCGGUCGGCAGACCACUCGCGCAACAACAGCGCGAUGAGCGUGAACGACGUGAUGGCUUCGCUCGGUGACUCCGCCUGGGGCGAGAGUAUCCGCCGCAGUUUCACGCAGCGGCGACGAUCGAGGGAUGAGACAUGA